AGCAACAGCGUAUCCAAAAGCAACUUCCUGUCGGGGCCGGAAGCAGAGCUGUGACAUCAGCGCGACGCGGAGGUCAGGAACCCUCUCUUACAGCCAUCUUGGAUCCUGUUCCCUGAACUAUCCAGAAUGCCAGGCGAAGCCACAGAAACUGUCCCUGUCACAGAGCAGGAGAUGCAGCAGCCCCAGGCGGAAACGGCCACACCUGCUGCGGCUCCUGCUCCCUCUCAGGCAAAGCCUAAAGUGGGCAAAACUAACCCUAAGCUGUCCUCUUCUCCUCACACCACUGCUCCUAAGCCAGUUCCUGCUGGACGCAAGAAACGCUCCUCUCUAUCUGCCUCCUCAAGCUCCCCUACCUCUCCUAAAUCUGCCUCUGCCCCCCAUGCUACUCCCCCAUGCUCCCCUUUGGCCUCUCCUCCAGCUGACUCUUCUGCAGCUGGGAAAGCUGAGCAGACUGCUCCAAAGGUGAUAAAGGCUGGCAAACAAGGGAAGCAACAGAAAGCAAAGAAUUUUAAACCUGCUGAACUUGGGCAAGCACCUCCUUUUGCCUCUAAGCCUGCUCAGGAGCCUGCACCAGUUACAACUUUGCCUUCUCUUGCUAUACCGUUACAAGAGGUAGCAAAACCAGCAGGAGACGGGAGUGCUUCCCCUGUCUCUCCCAAAGUUGCUGUGGCUCCUGUUGACUUUAAAGUAACUUCAAAAUCUGCUGCCCCAGCACCAAAGUCAUUUACAGAAGUUGUGGCCACCAGUCCACCCAAACUGGCUGAAGCCCCCAAGGUUGCCUCUGAAGCUCCAAAAGUAGCAACCCCCGUUGUUUCAAAAGCCAAGACUCCCUCGCCUUCAAAAGCAGCUGCCAAGCCUGGCCCUGCCAAAGUGCCAAAUGUGAACCCAGCCACUGCUGCUCCCCCAAAAUCUGCUUCUGCAGCAUUUGAGGAUGAUGAUCUACCACCUCUCUUACCACCUGAGAAUCCUUUUACAAUGCCUACUUUCCCCCUCAUGCCACCUAGUGCAAUGCCUGUAGUUACCCCAACAGCUCCCAAAGCAGAUGCGGUCUCUACUAGUAAAGUUGAAUCUUGCUCUGCCCCUGAAGCUAAGGCUGCUCCUAAAACUAAACCAGCUUCUAAGGUUGAACAGAAAGCAGCACCUGCCCCAAAAAUCGGGGCCGCAUCUAAAGUUGACCCUAUCCUCACCCCUAAAGAUGAGCCUAAUCCUGCCCCUAAAGUUGCAGUUGUUUCUGUCCCUAAGACUGAGGCUGUUCCUGCACCUAAAAAUAAGUCUUCCCCUAACCCUAAAACUGAGCCUGUUCCUGCCCCUAUGGUUGAGGCUGCCCCUAAAGCUGAGUCUGCUCCUGCCUCUAAGGUUGAGGCUGCUCCUGCCGCUAAAGUUAAGCCUGCUGCUGCUCCUAAAGCUGAGGCUGUCCCCAAGGUAGAGGCUACUCCUGUUCCAAAAGUUAAGUCUGCCCCAAGCCCUAAAGCUGAGCCUGUUCCUGUCACUAAGUUUGAGGCUGGCCCUAAAGCUGAGUCUGCUCCUGUCCCUAAGGUUGAGGCUGCUCGUGCCACUAAAGUUAAGCCUGCUGCUGCUCCUAAAGCUGAGGCUGGCCCAAAGGUAGGGGAUACUCCUGUACCAAAAGUUGCCCCUAGCCCUAAAGCCGAGCCUGUUCCUGUCACUAAGGUUGAGGCUGCCCCUAAAGUGGAUUCUGCUCCUGCCACUAAAGUUAAGCCUGCUGCUGCUGCUCCUAAAGCUGAGGCUGUCCCCAAGGUAGAGGCUACUCCUGUACCAAAAGUUAAGUCUGCCCCUAGCCCUAAAGCCGAGCCUGUUCCUGUCACUAAGGUUGAGGCUGCCCCUAAAGCGGAGUCUGCUCCUGCCCCUAAAGUUAAGCCUGCUGCUGCUGCUCCUAAAGCUGAGGCUGUCCCCAAGGUAGAGGCUACUCCUGUACCAAAAGUUAAGUCUGCCCCUAGCCCUAAAGCCGAGCCUGCUCCUGCCCCUAAGGUUGAGGCUGCUCCUGCUGUUAAAGUUAAGCCUGUUCCUGCCCCUAAAGUUAAGCCUGAGGUGGUGGGGGCUGCUAAAAUUGAGGAUGCCCCUGCCCCUAAAGUCGAGUCUGAGACUGCCCCUAAAGUUAAGCCUGCUCCUGUCCCUAAAGUUAAACCUACCCCUGCUCCCAAAGUUGAGGCUGCUGUCCCUACCCCUAAAGCUGAACCUGUCCUUGUCCCUAAAGUUGAGCCAGUCUCUGUUCCCAAGCCAGUUAAAGCCCCAUCCAUACCGGAGCCAGUCAUCAAGAACGACAAGGGGUCUGGCACUGAAUCUGACAGUGAUGAAUCUGUUCCUGACCUGGAGGAGCAGGACUCUGCACAGACACAAACACAGCAGGCACAGCUUGCAGCUGCAGCUGAAAUCGAUGAGGAACCUGUCAGCAAAGCAAAACAAAGCAGGAGUGAGAAGAAAGCCAGGAAGGCCAUGUCCAAAUUGGGGUUGAGACAAGUUGCUGGUGUUACCAGAGUAACCAUUCGCAAGUCUAAGAACAUUCUCUUCGUCAUUACCAAACCAGAUGUCUACAAAAGUCCAGCUUCAGAUACUUACAUUGUCUUCGGUGAGGCCAAGAUUGAAGAUCUGUCCCAGCAAGCCCAGUUAGCAGCUGCAGAGAAGUUCAAGGUUCAAGGAGAAGCCGUUUCAAACAUCCAGGAAAACACACAGACGCCCACAGUACAGGAGGAGAGCGAAGAGGAAGAGGUUGAUGAGACCGGAGUGGAGGUCAAGGACAUCGAGCUGGUCAUGUCACAGGCCAAUGUAUCAAGGGCAAAGGCUGUGCGCGCACUGAAGAAUAACAAUAACGACAUUGUCAAUGCUAUUAUGGAAUUGACGAUGUAGAUGGAAAUCAGGGACUGGGUCACAUUAAGAUGAUGAUGAUUUAAUCUACACUAUUGUUUGUACAAUUUAUACCCAGGAGAAAUAAAGGCGUGGCUUGAUGAAAUGAUA